AUGGCGUACGGCAAGAUUACUGAGUUUGAGCUGGAUGCACCGACUUUCAUUCACGCGAUGAUACCGACUACGCGCAAGCAGAACUGCCACCGGCUGCUUCAGCGAGUGGAGACUACGCGUCGUGCUUUAUCGCAGACCUUGUCGAGAGCUUCGAGUGUCAGAAGCCGUGGCCGAGACAUCAGCGUUGCAGAAGACGACUAUGUGGCCCGCUUAGAAGGUCAACUAAACGCGUGCGACGCAUCAGAGUCCCCACAGAGUCCCGAGGCGCAAAGUAGCUGGCAGCGCCAAAGGUCUGCUUCUCUGAUGACUACGCUACACGCCCCACAUCGACCGGAAGGCAGGGACCGUGUGCGCUGUCGGCAGUCCUUUAGAAGUACGGCACCUUCGCCUCAUGUCACCACGCUCACAAAAGAAUGGGUAAAGAAGGACGAAGAGAAGGCGGCGAUGGCGCUAUCGAAGGGAUCGACAGAGGCAUACACCGAGGAUUCGCUCCUCGCCAUUCCCACCUACUGCACGUUUUCAAGCCGCGUUGGCCAGUCGUCAACGAACUCGUGCGAGGCGCGGCUGCACAGAGGAAGGCUUAAAUCCUUUGCAGGUCCCUCAGCAUCUAAUUGGUCCAGCGCAGCGGCGGUUGGCGAGUACAAUGCGCAGGGGUCGACGGCGCAGCCGCCUCGGAGACAACGCCUGCUUGCCAAGCCGAUUCAGAGCUCUCUCUUGCUGAAGGACGUAAUGACGACACCUGUUCAGCCGACGCGCUCCUCGAAUGCCUCACUCCUAGGCUCUGCGCGCAUCCGCUGUGAUACAUUGGAGAGGCUGCGCCACGGCUUCGCUCAUCAGUGCAUCGUGUUGCAGAGCGAACUAGAGGAGAAGCUAGAGUGGCGCAAUCGAUGCCGCUCCGCUUUGUUGCGACGCAAUCGUCCAGUAGAUGGAGCCACUGCUGUGUCGACCCACUCUCCUGCAUCCGCGACAUCGACGCUGCGCGCUGCCGGGGUGAAUACUCUGCACCCCAAGAUGUUUGAUCAAGUCUUUGGAAGUGCCGCUGGAUUUUCCAUGCGGCUGCAGCGGCGCUCCAAAUUACCACAAUUUUCUUCAUUCGCACUCCAUAGUGUCUGGUCUCAAGAGGCUGCUCGGCAGGCAGUUCAGCAGGAGAAACACCGCCUCGUUGACCUGCUCGAGUCCUUUGUGGUGACAUGCAGCGCGGCGGCGUUGACCCUCGCCGCCACAGAGGAGCUGCGCGCUGAGACGAUUCGGCGCGUAUGGCACCCUGAGGGGGGCAGGGGUAGCCACAACACCUCUUUCUUACACUGUGAGCAGUUUCUGAAGUUCUUGCAAGGGCGCUAUGAACUUCACACAAGUCAGCUGCUUGGGGCUGCAGAAGCGAUGUGUCCCACUGACAUCCUCGAUGCGUUACCGUCACAGGCGGAGGCCUCUUUCGCCAGGUACGCCUACGAAAUUCUUCCUAGUCGUGCCGAGAGGCGAUUGUGA